AUGAGUACACCUGUUGUAAACCUCAACUUUUUACGUGCUGGUAGCCGUGGUGCUUCUGUAAACUACGGUGGUGCAAUGCCCAAUAUGCACAUGAAUGCUGUAGAUGAUCUAUGUGAGCACGCAAGCGCUUCGACUGCCCUAUCCGCUGGCUUUAUGCUCCCGCCCGUAGCAGAUCCAGCUGCUUACUCACGUGAACACUUUAAGGUCAAGUAUACCGAAGAUAAUGAGCAAUCCCUGCAAUUUGCAAAGGGGACCACAACCCUAGCUUUCAUCUACGACGGUGGUAUUAUCGUGGCUGUUGAUUCACGUUCGACCAUGGGCCCCUUUAUUGCGUCACAACAAGUCAAGAAGGUGAACCCCAUUAAUGAUUAUAUCUUGGCUACAUUAGCUGGUGGAGCUGCUGAUUGUCAGUUUUGGCAACGUAAUCUGGCUGUGCAAUGUCGUAUGUAUGAACUACGUAAUCGUCAUCGCAUCUCGGUCCGUGCAGCUUCGAAGCUCAUUGCCAAUACGUGCAACUAUUACAAGCGUUAUGGCAUGUCAUUGGGUAUGAUGAUGAUGGGUUAUGACAAUGGGAAACCUGUACUGUACUAUGUGGACGAUGAAGGCUCUCGGAUUCCAGCCAGUAAGGUUGCACCCAAAUUCAGCGUCGGCUCGGGCUCGACGUACGCCUAUGGUGUGCUGGACACGAAUUGGCGGUGGGAUUUGACGGAUGAUGAGGCUGUGGAACUCGGGAAACGAGCCAUUUACCAUGCGACGCACCGUGAUGCGUACAGUGGUGGAUUUUGUAACGUGUUUAUUUUCAAGCCUGAAGGAUUCAAACACGUCGUGCACCAGGACGUCAAGGAAAUGCACGACUACACGCGCGACAAUUAA